CCUUCUUCCAGGCACUGCACUCCUGGCUCCUUCGUACAUCAUCAGGCAAGCUCUGAAGCUCGGUAGGCAAGAAGAAACAUCCGGAGACGCAGCCUGUCUCGAAUCAAGAGGGUAAGAUGGCAUCGACAUUGUCAUUCCCCAUCAUCGACAUGGGUCUGCUCCGCGGGGACGAGCGGCCGGCGGCGAUGAACCUUCUGCACGAUGCAUGCGAGAACUGGGGCUUCUUCCAGGUCCUGGACCACGGCAUCUCGACGGAGCUGAUGGACGAGGUGGAGAAGAUGACCAAGGAGCACUACAAGAGGGUGCGGGAGCAGAGGUUCCUCGAGUUCGCGAGCAAGACGCUGGAGGACGGCGGCAAGGCGGCGGAGAACCUGGACUGGGAGAGCACCUUCUUCGUGCGCCACCUCCCGGAGCCCAACAUCGCCGAGAUACCCGACCUCGACGACGACUACAGGCGGGUGAUGAAGCAGUUCGCGUCGGAGCUGGAGAGGCUGGCGGAGCGGCUGCUGGACCUGCUCUGCGAGAACCUCGGCCUGGAAAAGGGGUACCUCACGCGCGCGUUCCGUGGCUCCAAGGGCGCCCCCACCUUCGGCACCAAGGUCAGCAGCUACCCUCCCUGCCCGCGCCCGGACCUCGUCAAGGGCCUCCGCGCCCACACCGACGCCGGCGGCAUCAUCCUGCUCUUCCAGGACGACCGCGUCGGCGGGCUCCAGCUGCUCAGGGACGGCGAGUGGGUGGACGUGCCGCCCACGCGCCACUCCAUCGUCGUCAACCUCGGCGACCAGCUGGAGGUGAUCACCAACGGCAGGUACAAGAGCGUGCUCCACCGCGUGGUCGCGCAGACCGACGGCAACCGUAUGUCCAUCGCAUCCUUCUACAACCCGGCCAGCGACGCGGUCAUCUUCCCGGCGGCGGCGCUGGUGGAGGCGGAGGCGGCCGGCGGGGCGUACCCGAGGUUCGUGUUCGAGGACUACAUGAAGCUGUACGUGCGCCACAAGUUCGAGGACAAGGAGCCCAGGUUCGAGGCCUUCAAGUCCAUGGAGACCCACAGCUCCAAUCUCAUCGCUACUGCAUAGAGGUCUGAGAAUAAGGCUUCAAAACUGUGUCGAGUCACACAGAUGGAUGAAUAAAAGCUUCAAAACUGUGUCGAGUCACACAGAUGAAUCGCUAGUUGCCGUGGGGUCGGUCAUGUGUUUGUUUGGUAGCUAAUUUAUGUUUCGUUUUAUGAUGACUACCUCUGUACCGAAAUACUUGUAGUUGGGGUACAGAGGGAGUAUCAUGCUGUUGUUUUUUUGGGGGAGAUGUAUCAUGUUGUUUCUGAUUGAAUGACGUAUCAUGCUCAAAGACAACGAAGUCUCGGUUGAAUGA